UCCCUGCAGCGCAGCUCCCUUCUGCUCCAAUCCUCCUCUUCCUCUCUGUCUGUCAGCGGGAUUUUAAAUUCCUGCGCACCCCCCUCCCUAAUCAAAUUAAAUCAAGCAACACAAAACAGAGCAUCCUCCUGCAAGCGGGAUCUUCUUUUACUUUGCUCUCCCUCUCUUCCCGAAGAUGCUAAACUACUGGUGAACUGAAGAGGAGGGGAACCCUAUCUUCUGAUGUUUUUUAAAAAGUAAAGCAAUUCCCACUGCAAGCCCAAGACGGGCGAUCCGCCUGAGAUUUCUUCAAAAUACCCCAGGGAAAGAGGAGAUGGGCCGGAUUUAGUAGGACGACUGGAUUACUAAUGACUCCGCGGUUGGCUGUGACCCGCCGGGAAAUCAGGUUUGCCUGUAGGUACCUGAGCUAACAUCGAAGGUGCCUAAAGAUGCUGAGCGGCAUUUGGUUCCUCAGUGUAUUAACCGUGGCCGGGAUCUUACAGACCGAGAGCCGCAAAACUGCCAAAGACAUUUGCAAGAUCCGCUGCCUGUGCGAAGAGAAGGAAAACGUACUGAACAUUAACUGUGAAAACAAAGGAUUUACAACUGUCAGCUUGCUCCAACCCCCUCAGUAUCGAAUCUAUCAGUUGUUUCUCAAUGGAAACCUCUUGACCAGACUGUAUCCUAACGAAUUUGUCAAUUACUCUAAUGCAGUGACUCUUCAUCUAGGUAACAAUGGGUUGCAGGAGAUCCGACCUGGGGCAUUUAGUGGUCUGAAGACUCUCAAGAGACUGCACCUCAAUAACAACAAACUGGAGGUAUUGAGAGAGGACACUUUUCUAGGCCUAGAGAGCCUGGAGUACCUCCAAGCUGACUACAAUUACAUCAGCACCAUUGAGGCAGGGGCAUUCAGCAAACUGAAUAAACUCAAAGUACUCAUCUUGAAUGACAACCUUUUGCUGUCUCUGCCUAGUAAUGUGUUUCGGUUUGUCCUGCUAACUCACUUAGACCUGAGGGGAAACAGGUUGAAGGUAAUGCCUUUUGCUGGUGUCCUUGAACAUAUUGGAGGAAUCAUGGAAAUUCAGCUGGAAGAAAAUCCAUGGAAUUGCACCUGUGACCUACUUCCUCUCAAGGCAUGGCUGGACACCAUUAGUGUUUUUGUGGGGGAGAUUGUCUGUGAAACUCCUUUCAGGUUACAUGGGAAAGAUGUGACCCAACUGACCAGACAAGAUCUCUGUCCCAGAAAAAGUGCAAGCGGUGAUUCUAGUCAGAGGGGCAGUCAUUCAGACACCCAGGUCCAAAGGCUGUCCCCUACAAUGAAUCCUGCUCUCAGCCCAACCAGGGCCCCAAAAGCAAGCCGGCCACCCCAAAUGAGAAAUCGUCCAACUCCACGAGUGACUGUGUCAAAAGACCGGCAGAGUUUUGGUCCUAUCAUGGUGUACCAGACCAAGUCCCCUGUGGCCCUCACCUGUCCAAGCAGCUGUGUCUGUACAUCUCAGAGCUCAGACAAUGGUCUAAAUGUUAACUGUCAAGAAAGGAAGUUCACUAACAUCUCUGACCUGCAGCCCAAACCUACUAGUCCAAAGAAACUCUACCUAACCGGGAACUAUCUCCAAACAGUAUAUAAGAAUGACCUCUUAGAGUACAGUUCACUGGAUUUGUUGCAUUUAGGAAACAACAGAAUUGCAGUCAUUCAGGAAGGUGCCUUUACAAACCUGACCAGUUUACGCAGACUUUAUCUAAAUGGCAAUUACCUUGAAGUGCUGUAUCCUUCUAUGUUUGAUGGACUGCAGAGCUUGCAGUAUCUCUAUUUAGAGUAUAAUGUCAUUAAGGAGAUUAAGCCGCUGACCUUUGAUGCUUUGAUUAACCUUCAGCUCCUAUUUCUGAAUAACAAUCUGCUUCGGUCCUUACCUGAUAAUAUCUUUGGGGGCACAGCCCUCACCAGGCUGAAUCUGAGAAACAAUCAUUUUUCACACCUGCCUGUAAAAGGGGUUCUGGACCAGCUCCCUGCUUUUAUCCAGAUAGAUCUGCAAGAGAACCCAUGGGACUGCACCUGUGACAUCAUGGGGCUAAAGGACUGGACCGAACAUGCCAAUUCUCCUGUCAUCAUCAAUGAGGUGACUUGUGAAUCUCCCGCUAAGCAUGCAGGGGAGAUACUGAAAUUUCUGGGAAGGGAGGCUAUUUGUCCAGAUAAUCCUAACUUGUCAGAUGGGACUAUUUUAUCAAUGAAUCACAACACAGACACACCUAGAUCACUUAGUGUGUCUCCUAGUUCUUACCCUGAACUACACACUGAAGUUCCACUCUCUGUCUUAAUUUUAGGAUUGCUUGUUGUUUUUAUCUUGUCUGUCUGUUUUGGGGCGGGCUUGUUCGUCUUUGUUCUAAAACGUCGAAAGGGAGUGCCAACUGUUUCCAGGAAUGCCAACAACUUAGAUGUAAAUUCCUUCCAGUUACAAUAUGGGUCUUACAACACCGAAACAAAUGAUAAAGCUGAUGGUCAUGUCUAUAACUACAUACCCCCACCUGUGGGUCAGAUGUGCCAAAACCCCAUCUACAUGCAAAAGGAAGGAGACCCAGUAGCCUAUUACAGAAACCUGCAGGACUUCAGCUAUGGCAACCUGGAGGAGAAAAAAGAAGAGCCAGCCACACUUGCUUACACAAUAAGUGCCACUGAGUUGCUAGAAAAGCAGGGCACACCAAGAGAGCCUGAGCUGCUGUAUCAGAAUAUAGCUGAGCGAGUUAAGGAACUCCCCAGUGCAGGCCUAGUCCACUAUAACUUUUGUACAUUACCUAAAAGGCAGUUUGCCCCUUCAUAUGAAUCUCGACGCCAAAACCAAGACAGAAUCAAUAAAACCGUUUUAUAUGGGACUCCCAGAAAAUGCUUUGUGGGGCAGUCAAAGCCAGACCACCCUUUACUGCAAGCUAAGCCGCAAUCAGAACCAGACUACCUCGAAGUUCUGGAAAAACAAACUGCAAUCAGUCAGCUGUGAAGGGAAAUCAUUUACAACCCUAUAGCAUCAAAGGAUGCGCUUCAAACUGUUGGAAGCACUGUGUUUGCUUUUGUUGUGUUCUUCCUUCCCCAGUGCUAAUGGGAGACUGAAAGCAGUUUGGAAGAGGGGUGAAGCAAUGAUACUGCUCUUGCAAGCUUUCCUUUAAAUUAUUUUUCUCUUAUCUCCCACCUCCACACCUCCCCCUUCUUAGGAACCAUCAGUGAACAUGAAUGUUUCUACACUGCAUUUUUUCAUAGCUAUUAUUUAGGUUUUGUUUCUGUUUUCUUUCUUUUCCUUUUCCCAGUGUGGGAGU